AUGCUGCGUCCGGCGGUCCUCUGCCUCUUACUGGCAUGUACAGUGUCUUUUAGCAACGCCGCCGUUGUUGAAGACGGUGGCCUGCCCGUCAUGUGGGCCCAUGCAACUGAUCAAUUAGGUGACCUGCCAGUUGAGAAUGGCAUUUUGAAUCCUGAUGCCUGGCACUACCUUCAUCGUAUGAGCCUUUAUCGGCUCAUCAUAGCUGCUACGGACCCAUUUUUGGGAGUCAUGGGACCAGGUCCUACAGAAAGCCCUGUUUGGGGACUGCCACUGCAGCUUGGAUGGCUGCUAACAUCAGGGCGUCUCGCUGACCCAACUGGUGCUACAACUUGUGGUCUGCAAACUGGAGAUACUAUGUGUAUAUCUCCUAAGAGCUGGUGGGGCUGUGUCAACUACUUUGGUUCUGUCAUACCCUUCCUGUCUGGUGCACAGCAGGGCUUCUUUGGAGCAGGAGUUUCCGUCCAGAUGCAGCAGCCUGCAGGAGAAGACUACUGUACCACCUAUGAUGACUGUAAAACUCGCUUCCCCGAUGCCAUUGAUAAUUGGGAUAAAUUUUAUCAGGGUCUCAGGGCUGCAGCUGAGUCUCCUCUUCCUGACAAUGAGAAGAAAGAUGCCCUCCUCGGUCUUUACUGGAAAGCCCAGAUGGCUUCAACUUAUGCCUCUGCAGCAUGCAACAGCCUGCAGAGUUCCUACUCCACUGUAGAGGUGACUUUCGCUAACAGUUGGCUAAACUCUGCAGAGUACGUAGCAGCAGCACAUUUUCAAUCGAACAUCGAGAGAGCCGUGAAGUUUAUGACCCCUCUGCCAGGACGCGUUUUACAGGAGAAUGACAGUCCACCUAACAUCGCUGAUCUGAGCACAGAGGAGAACCACACACUGAGAAUCUUCUCUUGGAUGAAGAAUAUGAAUACACUCUUAGGCGGCCGGCUGGUGACCACAUGGCAGAGCGCUAUGUGUUCAGUGACUACAAGAGAAAAAGGCAGAGAAAUGUUGGAGCAGCUCUUGCUGGAUCCCGGCUUCGCUACAAGCACUUUCGUGGGUAUCAUCACUUCAAUGGGUACAAGUUGCUGA